AUGAAGUCGUCCGUUACCGCCGUAGAGAGAAAUGACCACAUUGAGACGAUAGUGUUGUACCAGAGAGGACAGGCAGAGGUGGAGUCGUGUAAGGCCCUGAUAACGGAGAUGAGAAACUCGUACAUGUCCGUCAACAUUAAACAUCAGGUUGUUAGUGGACUCGGUAACCUUGAUGUUGACGCAAUGGGGAAGAUCGUCAUCGGGAAAGAACCACGACGUUUCCCUGGCAAUCAUUGUGAUCUUGUACCACACUUGUUAGAAAGUAAAGUGAAGGAAAUUGGAAAGUUCACUAUAAAAACUCACUCAGAUAAAAAGGAUUGCUGUGCUGGUGGUGUUUUGUAUCUCCCAUGUGAUCAAAUAGUGGUAAGUGAUGUCAGCAACAACAAGCUAAAGCUGUUUACAGACAAAGGACAGUUCCUGGACGAGUUGACCAUUCGAGGAAGUCCCAAUGAUCUGUGUCUGGUAGACAACAACACUGUGGCGGUCGCUGUCGACAAUCCUGGUGGUAUACAUGUCGUGAAAGUCGAGGCAUCCAAACUCUCCCUGUCGUCUGAAAUCAGGAUGUCAAACGGUAAGGCCUGCUAUGGUAUAACACAUACAGACGGGAGGUUUAUCGUGGGUACAGGUGACGGAGGAGUAUACAGUGUAACCCAGGACGGCGUGGCUGACUUGUUACAUCAGUAUAACAGUACCUGUUACUCACUCACACAUGACCCACUAAAGGGAGACACACUCGUCAGUAUCUGUAACGGCCCCCCGGGAAACGUCGUGGUGUCCAGACUGUCGGCUGACAAACGUCACACGGACGUGAUGAAGGUCGGCGUCGUGAGGUAUCCGAGGGGAAUAGACGUAGACAGGGAGGGAAACAUCUACGUGUGUGGUAAUAGUUCAUACAACGUCGUACAGAUGUCUGGGGACGGGACACACGUUAGGGAACUGCUGACGCCAUCUGACGGAAUUAGAAAUCCAUGGGCAAUAUCUAUAAAUGGUGACAAGUUUGUGGUCAUUGAUCAUACUGACAACCCCAUCCGGAUCUGUCAGCUCUAUUAA